AAUAUAUUGUGAAAAAAGCUGCUUUCAAAUUACGCCACGCUUUACUUGAAUUUAUGAACGAUGCAGUCCCUCUACCUUGGCCUCCCACAGUUGAAAGCCUUCAGUCAAAAGAAAGACAGCCUCCUUCUUUACUAACAUUGUUUUUCAAGAAGCUUUUGACGAGUGAAAAUUAUCAUCAGGCUGGAGAGCAUCUUGAACGUUUGAUAAUGUCACUCAGUGAAGAUGUUAUCAAUGCACUUUCAAGAGGAGAUUUUUUAACUCUGAAACACACAGCGCUUGGCCUUGGCCUUCAUAGUCUUACAGGACAGAAGCUCCCAAUAAAGAUUUUGUCAAGACUUGGCCAUUGUAUCCGCUACGACAAAGUCAUGGAAAUAGAACGGCACAAGCCGAGCUUGCACAGCAUUUCCAAUCAAUGUCGCUCAAUUUGCCUCUGCGUCCUGCUGAAGAAGGCAGCAAGGUUUCUACUGUUUUUUGGUGGGAUAACUUCGACAAGAAUGUUGAGACGUGUUCUGGGAGUGGAUCGAUCCAUAACACACCAGGAAUUGUCUUUCAAGAGGUUUCUGAUGCUUGUAUCGAACGAGAUGAUCAAAUUAGCAUCCCGAUGUCUAGGAGACGUUCACUACCAGUUCAGGCAGCGACAGAAGUUGAAAGUAUCAGAAUUAACCCAAAAAUAGAGCCACCAUCAUUUGCAAAUAAAGAAGUAAGUUCAUUCAGAGCUGCUACUGAGGGCGUCGCUGCCAAACUUUUGACAACGUGGAAGCUGACAAGGUAUCUAAAUUCCGAAGAUCAAAAUACUCCACGUUUUGUUGGAUGGAUUAUCAACAAUUUCAGAAAAAACGAAAGUCAGCCAACAACAAUAACUUACAUGUCGCCGAUAGAGACACCGAUUACUGAUUAUGUUACAUUUGUAAAAAUGUUUAAGAUUUCCCGAAAACUGGCUGAACAAUCAAAUAUGCUGUAUACUCAUAUUACACUCGACGUUGGUGCGGCAAUAAAGGCCUACCAUGUGAUUUGGAAUAACCCUACUGCUUGGUCAGAUAUAGUUAUACACCUCGGUGACUUUCAUGCCAUGAUGGCUUUUUUUGGUGUUAUUGGAAAGUUUGUCGAGGGAAGUGGUUUUGAAGAAAUUGCGUUUCAAACAGGCAUAUGCAGCUCUGGAAGUUUGUCCAAAGUAUUGUCGGGGAAACAUUACAAUCGCUGUUGGAAGAUUCAUGAGGCUUUUGCAGAGGCACUGGAAAGAAUUUUCAUUGAAACAUACAUUACAGAUGUCCCUAAUGUAAUCAGAGAGUUUUCUCAAGGUUCACCCGAUAGCACAGAAGUUAUUGCUGUUAUGGAUCGCCCAGAGGUACAAGCGUUCAUGAAGACCUACAACGAUCUCAAAGCAGACUGUUUAAAUGGCGAGUUUGGGAAAACUGCACAAUUUUGGAUGAAGUAUGUAUCACUUGUUGAUAGGCAACAUAUGUUUCAUUACGCUGUUAACACAAAUGAUGCCUGCCUCCGACUUCAGAUGUGGAAAGAGUCCAUACCAAUGUGCUUCUCCACUAACAGAAUCCAUUAUGCACGUUAUGGUUCGUUCUAUCUGAAAUCUUUGGAGUCUCUGGAUAUCACACACCCAGGUAGUAAGGACGAGAUGAAAGCAAUUGUAUCUGUUCGACGCAACACUCAGGCAAUCGGCCAAGCAAUUGAUAUGGCAGGGGAACAAUCUUACAUGAAAUCAGCAAAAACUACAGGUGGCAUUACCAAGUUUGCAGCAAAGCCACAGACGAUUAAAAAAUGGGUGCUGAGCAGGCCAUUUCAGUCAACCUUUGUAGAAGCACUCAGAGAUAUUUCAGGAACAGGCGACAGCAUUUCCUGCCCGCGCAAGUGUUUACGUCCAAGAGAAAUAUUAAGGACAAAUAAAAUGGUGCAGAAAAUUCAAGAUUCUCUAAAGAAUCAAUUCAUAAAUCCAUUCGACGAGCAGCUGGAUAAAGAAAAGCUGUACAACAUCGUUUCCGGCUGCCCUACAAAUGAUGAAAUCAGCAAAAGCCUACUAAACCUGGAGAAACAAGGAGAAGAAAUGAUGAGCGAAUUUAUUGCCCGUUUCACGGCAAAUGAGCAGUCGGAAAGUGGACAGAAGGAGAAAUUUUUCAGCCCAAUCAAGAAGUCGAAGAUAAAAACAUUUCAGGAUGCAGCUGUCAAAAUUACCGUACAGAAGGGGAACAAAUGCAAAGAAAUUGCUUUUCAAAGAGAUGUUUUGGGAAUGCUUGUCGCUCACUCUAACAAGGAAAACGCAGGUAUUGAUCUAGAUGCUGUUCUCUGCUAUCCGCUCGCUCCAGUUUCUGUUCCUCUCAGCACUUCCGACGGUUCACUACGUAAAACGGUUAAAAGUAAGUUAUAUGAUGCAGCAAUGUCUGACCUCGAAGAAUUGACCUAUGAUGACCUCCCAGACGCAACUGACAUGAAUUGUUAUUUCUUGGACCUUGCUGCUGCAGUCAGAACUGUCGUAGGAAAUAUCGGAACAAUCAGAGAUCUUGCAGCAAGAGUAAUGACAACUAUUCCACAGCAAUAUAUUUACAUUUAUAUGGCCUGCGAUGCCUAUUUUGAAAACAGCAUUAAAAAUCGAGAACGUGCAGCAAGAGGUGUCAGCAAGCGAUAUGUUCUCCGAAGUCCAGACAUGAAAGUACCAGCUGAUUUUGCGAAGUUCUUGAAGAAUGGGGAGAACAAGAAAAUGCUGUUUGAUUUGAUUCAGCAGUCGAUCGAGGAUAGCCGACACACUCUGAAUGAUCGGGUUGUAUAUUUUUCAAACGUAAGUCGAUGCACGAGAAUUAGCCAGCAUGAAGCAAGACCUUGUCCUGAACUGGCAUGCAAUCAUGAAGAAGCUGACACUAAGUUAUUAGCACUUGUGAAAGCCGCAAUUCACCAAGCUGGAAAAACAGUGAUGGUACGAUCUCCUUCAGGGGACAUUGAUAUCACUGCAUUGUUCAUUGCGCAUGAUUUUAUGGGAGUAAGAGUUUUUCUUGACAGUGGUGUUGGAAAAAGCAGGAAAAUUGUCGAUUUGACAUCUUCAACAUUGUCUUCAAUUAAAAGGCGAGCAGUUGUUGGUCUUCAUGCAUUCUCCGGCAACGAUUAUGUGUCCGCGUUUUUCAAAAAAGGGAAAAAAUCAUUCUGGAAAGCAAUGUUGAAGCGCAACGAAUUCGUGAGCACCUUUGCAAGGCUUGGAACAGAUGUCCAGCCUCAUCCAAACGAUGUCGAGAUCCUGGAGAAGUUCACAUGCUGUCUAUACGGUUUUUCAACUGUCAGCAAGGUCAAUGACGCCCGUUCAAAGGGUUUCUGGAAGAUUUUUGGAACUAAAGGGAAGGUUGUUGACCUUAGUUUAAUUCCACCGUGUGCUGCCAAUCUACAUUUGCACAUAGCUAGAUCAGCUUAUGUUGCAAGCAUUUACAGAAAUGCUGACCAGUUGCAGUUAAACAUUGGCAGUCCAGUUGAUCAUUGUUGGGAUGCAGCUGGUAACGCAUUGUGGAGUAAAAAAAUAUACCCAGAUAAUGUUGCGGAGCUGCUUCUAAAUGUCAAUCAAGAUGCCGAAGAAGACAACAUUGACUCAAUGAAUGACCUUUGCUCCGAGGAUGAGUAUAGCGAUGACUCUGACGACAACGAAAGCUAGAAUGCUUAUGCCAAAUAACUUUAAAUUUAUAUUAGCCGUAUUAUAUCCCCUAUGGCAUAAUCUUUUUUAAGUUUUUAAAGCAAAUAUGUGUGCAGCAGGUUUUUCUUUAGAAAUAAUAAGAAAGCGAUGCAUUCAGAAUUCCGCCGUAUAAGAUCAACCUUCGAAAUCAGUAUAUCGAAAUUGAUGAGAAUCAAUAAUCUAUAAACUUUUGCUCAAAAUUCAUUUUUUUUAUGAAAACGAGGUUUAAACAUGAAAAAGAGGCUUUCCUGGUACUGAAUUUACAUUUAAAAAAUAAUUUUUUGCAAUCAGCACAUCGUAAUUGAUAAAAAUCGAUCCAUUUACAAAACUUUUGUUCAACAUUCAAAUUUGGACGAAAACGAGGUUUAAACGUGAAAUAGAGGCUUCCUGGUACCGAAUUUCCCCGUAUAACAUCGAUAUUCGUAAUCAGCGUAUCAAAAUUGACCAAAUGGAGUAGGUCUUGCAAAUUCCCUCGAUGGGUGACGAUACCCCCCCUUCCUCGCCUGGUCUAUGAUAGUCGGCUCAAUAGAAUUUCUAAAUGCUGUAAGUGAUCAGAUUCUGUGGAACUAGCAAUUAGUAGGUCGUCGAUAUAUGCGUAGACAAAAUUAAGACCGCGAAGUACCUCAUCCAUGAAACGCUGAAACGUUUGAGCUGCAUUUCGAAGUCCAAAAGGCAUUCGUACAAAUUCAAACAAACCGAAUGGCGUGCUGAUUGCAGUCUUUGGGACAUCAUUUGGAUCCACAGGAAUUUGAUGAUAGGCACGGACGAGGUCGAUCUUGGAAAA